AUGACCGGACGCGGUGGAGGCGGCGGUCGCCGCGUGUUGCUGCCGCCUAUCAACAUGAUAUUCAAGCUCUUGCAAUCCAAUGCCACCGUCCGUGUCUGGCUAUACGAGCAGCUCUCCAUUCGCAUCGAGGGCAAGAUCCGGGGGUUCGACGAGUUCAUGAACCUGGUCAUCGACGACGCCGUCGAGGUUAAGCAGCCCCCCCGGGGCGCCGCCAAAGCCGACGUUGAGCCACGGAAACCGCUCGGCCAGAUCCUGCUCAAGGGCGACAACGUAUCGCUGAUUCAGAGCUUGUAA